UUUCCACCGGGCCUAUAAAUUCCAUUAUCUCCCUGACAUCCUUUUGCCACUCCUCUUGUCGCUUCCUUCCAAGGUUACAGGUGAGUGAAGGUGGACGGAAACCAGGGGAGAUGAUGAUUGCCCGCGGCUGCCUCCUCAGAUCCAAGGCUGAGAGCAUAGUGAAACAUGUAGCCAGCGGUGGAAGCUGGCAUGGGUUGCAUAGUUUUUCAGAGGCAUCAGCCAGGGGUUUCAGCUCUGAACCGUCUCUUCAGGCCCACUCGACGGAAGAAAUCGGGUUCAAGGGGCAUGGCAUGCUGGCUCCAUUCACAGCUGGCUGGCAGAGCACCGAUGUGCAUCCCCUGGUUAUUGAUAGAUCUGAGGUUCUGGGCCCUGCCAUUGUUUAAUGUUCACUUGUCUAUAAAUUGCAGUGAUUGUAACUUGAAAGUUCUAUCUUACACUCUGCAACUCAUAUUACAGGGUGCAUAUGUCUAUGAUAUCAAUGGGAAAAAGUAUAUAGAUGCUCUUGCAGGACUCUGGUGUACAGCUCUAGGUGGUAGCGAACCUCGACUAGUCAAAGCUGCAACAGAACAAUUAAACAAAUUACCCUUCUAUCAUUCCUUCUGGAACCGUACUACCAAACCCUCAUUGGAUCUUGCAAAUGACGUUCUCAGCAUGUUUACUGCAAGGGAAAUGGGAAAGGUAUUCUUCGCAAAUAGUGGUUCAGAAGCAAAUGACUCACAGGUGAAACUAGUGUGGUAUUAUAACAAUGCAAUGGGGAGACCAGACAAGAAGAAAUUUAUUGCACGCUCAAAAUCAUAUCAUGGUUCAACAUUAAUAUCAGCUAGUUUAUCCGGUCUUCCUGCUCUUCAUCAAAAGUUUGAUCUACCGGCACCUUUUGUUCUGCACACGGACUGUCCACACUACUGGCGCUUCCACCUUCCUGAUGAAACAGAAGAAGAAUUUUCUACUAGACUUGCAAACAACUUGGAGAAUCUUAUCCUAAAAGAAGGACCAGAAACAAUUGCUGCUUUCAUUGCUGAACCUGUGAUGGGUGCCGGUGGUGUCAUCCUUCCUCCAAAGACUUAUUUUGAGAAGAUUCAAGCAGUACUCAAGAAGUACGACGUCUUGUUAAUAGCAGAUGAGGUCAUUACUGCAUUUGGGAGAUUGGGAACCAUGUUUGGAUGUGAUAUGUAUAAUAUUCAACCAGAUCUCGUCUCCAUAGCAAAGGCUCUUUCUUCGGCCUACAUGCCAAUUGCAGCUAUUCUUGUUAGCCCAGAAAUAGCAGAUGUAGUUCAUUCGCAGAGCAGUAAACUUGGUUCUUUUGCUCAUGGCUUUACAUACUCCGGGCAUCCAGUUGCCUGUGCUGUUGCCAUAGAAGCUCUGAAGAUCUACAAGGAAAGGAAUAUUACCGAACAUGUCAACACAAUUGCCACAAGGUUCCAAGAAGGAAUCAAGGCCUUCUCAGGCAGUCCGAUCAUCGGAGAGAUACGUGGCCUGGGAUUGAUACUUGGAACUGAAUUUGCCGACAACAAGUCGCCAAAUGAUCCAUUCCCUGCAGAAUGGGGGGUUGGUUCAAUAUUUGGUGCCGAGUGUGAGAAGCGUGGGAUGCUUAUCAGGGUCGCUGGGGAUAACAUCAUGCUAUCACCUCCACUAAUAAUGACUCCCGAUGAAGUUGAAGAAAUUGUGAGCAAAUAUGGCGGCGCCCUAAAGGCCACAGAGGAAAGAAUUGAGGAGCUUAAAUCAGCCAAGAGGUGAACAAUUCCAAUUUGCUGAAAGCCUCUAGCAAUGAUUGGUGAUGAUGGUGACGACAAUGUACAGUUACUUGAACAAUUAGGUGCCAAUAAUAGCACAUUGAAAGCCUGAAAAUUGAUCUUGAUGUGGAAAUGUCAGUUCUUAUUUACCAUCUCCAGUCACAGAAUAGGCACGUUUGUGACCGGAGGGAAGGGCUGCAGUGUUUUUCCAACUAUUAUGGCAACUCUUUGGUGUC